CACACAUUGGACACAGUACGAUCAGAGUCUAUCGAAGCGCCAUUGGAAGCACGCUCUUGAGCUUCAGGCAAUCCUCCAGGGUUCGCGAGUGUUUAGUAGUAAUUUAAGUGAAAAGUGUCUUGGCGAGGAUUAUUGGAAGUUUCGGUGAAAAAUCAAGAAAAUUUGACUAGCCAAUCAUGUCUCACGGGAGGACACUCCUUGUGCUCCUGUCACUUGUCAUCCUCAUCACUGCCAUGAAGAUUGACAUCAAGGAGGAGAAACCCUACCGUUUGCCUGGAGACAUCAUCCCUGAAAAGUACAGGCUCGCAGUCGUAACGCAUAUGAAUGAUGACGAAGGAUUUCGUUUCACGGGAAAAGUGUGGAUUAAGAUCAUGCCGAUUAAGCCUGAUGUACCGGUCAUUAAGCUGCACUCGAAAAAACUAAAGAUUCGCUUUAAUGAAAUUAAACUGCUAGCGUGCGAUGAGAAUAGCCCAAAGAGAACUAAGCUCAAAGUCAUCAAAUCGGAACUUAUUCCUGAACAUGAUUUCUUAGUGAUUCACCCGGAAGUGACACUGGAAAAGGGACGAGUUUAUGAGCUGUAUAUUCCAUUUGAAUCAGAACUCAAUAGCGAUUUGGUGGGAUACUACAAGAGCAGUUAUUUAGACAAAAAGACCAAGGAGAAAUGCUGGCUUUCCAUCACUCAGUUUGAACCAACUUAUGCUAGGCAGGCUUUCCCGUGCUUCGAUGAGCCUCAGAUGAAGGCUACUUUUGAGAUAAGCUUAGCACACGACAAGAAAUUCACAGCACUCAGCAAUAUGCCAAUCAAGUGGUCAGAGCCAUUUGAUGGGAAGAGUCACUGGGUAUGGGAUCACUUCCAGGAAUCCGUUCCUAUGUCCACAUAUCUCGUUGCCUACAGCAUCAAUGAUUUCCACUAUAAAGAGUCGUAUGUUAAGAUGGUGGAUGAUGUUGUCUUCAAGAUUUGGGCACGUCCAGAUGCUAUUGAUCAGGUGGACUAUGCCAAGUACGUCGGACCAAAAGUCCUAAAGUUCUAUGAGGACUACUUUGACAUCAAAUUCCCUCUGCCCAAGGUGGACAUGAUUGCUAUCCCGGACUUCGGAGCAGGAGCUAUGGAAAACUUUGGUUUGAUCACAUACCGAGAGACUGCUCUCCUCUUCCAGCCCAACAUUUCCUCUGCCAGUAGCCAGCAUCGUGUGGCCAGUGUGAUAGCCCAUGAACUGGCACAUCAGUGGUUUGGAAAUCUCGUUACAAUGAAAUGGUGGACAGAUCUCUGGUUAAACGAAGGAUUUGCAACAUACAUUGCCAGUAUCGGAGUGGAUCAUCUUCAUCCCGAGUGGAAUUCUUUUGAAGAGGAAAGUCGCGACAACAUCCAAACAGUCUUUGUCUUCGAUGCUCUGAAAUCUAGUCAUCCCGUAUCUGUACCCAUUGGCCAUCCAGGAGAAAUCUCACAGAUCUUCGAUGCCAUCUCAUACAAGAAGGGCUCAACAAUCCUACGAAUGAUGCACAAAUUCCUAGGUGAUGAAGCCUUCCGUAAUGGUGUGCGACACUAUCUGAAGAAACAUAAGUACAACAGUGCUGAACAGGAUGAUCUCUGGGAUAGUUUGACUUACGAAGCUCACAAAAUUAAGGCUCUUCCAGAGGAAUUCAGUGUGAAAAAGAUCAUGGAUUCGUGGACUCUUCAGACAGGAUUCCCUGUGAUUACAGUAGAUCGAGACUAUGAGAAAGGAGUGGCUAAAGUGACUCAAAUUCGCUACCUCCUGGACGCGAAGCGUGAGAAGGAAUUCCUGGAAACCUGCUGGUGGGUCCCAUUGAGUUAUACAACAAAGAAGGAAAUGGACUUCAAUGCUACGGAGGCGAGACACUGGCUCAAAUGUGAGGAUGAGCAUAAACCUGUCCACAAGGUCAUUAAGGAGAUGCCACCACCAGAAUACUGGGUAAUCUUCAAUGUUCAACUCUCAGGGCUGUACAAAGUGAAAUACGACAAGAAGAACUGGGAUUUGUUGAUUGAUCAUCUCACCAGUGAAAAAUUCACCGAUAUUCACACCCUCAAUCGUGCUCAAUUGAUUGAUGAUGCCCUUGAUUUGGCCUGGAGUGGUGAUCAGGAAUAUUCUAUUGCUUUGCGAAUUGUAGAGUACCUCAAGCAGGAGCGUGAGUACAUUCCAUGGAAGACUGCCCUGGAAAAUUUGGCAGCUGUAAAUCGUAUGCUGAAACGCACCCCUCAAUAUGGAUUCUUCAAGAUGUACAUGCGCAAAGUCCUAACUCCCAUGUACAAGCUAAUGGGUGGAAUUAUGAGUGAUAAGAAGGCUUCUGAUCGUCUCGAUGCAGUUAAGCACAAGAUUUUGAUCACAAGUUGGGCCUGUAGGUUCGAUGUGCUUGACUGUCGUGAAGAAUCUAUUAUGCUGUUCAAGAAGUGGAUGCUGGAAAAGGAACCUGACUUUAAGAAUCCCAUCCCUCUGGACAUGAGAUCAGUCGUCUAUUGCAAUGCUAUUCGUAUGGGAAGUGAGAAGGAAUGGAAUUUCCUCUGGGAUCGCUAUCUCAAGAGCAAUGUUGGUACCGAAAAAAUCAUGAUCCUCAGCUCUCUGGCAUGCAGCAGGGAAGUCUGGAUUUUGUCACGGUAUCUCGAGUGGUCUUGCCAAGAAGAGGCUGGAGUGAGGAAGCAAGAUAUGCCCACAGUAUUUAGCAGCAUUGCCCACACUGAAGUUGGGUAUCAUUUGGCUAAGGGAUAUUUCUAUGAGAACUUUGACAAGAUCUACGAGUAUUUGGGAGCUGAUACAACGAGAUUGGAUAGAUUUGUGCGGCCACUGGCAAAGGAAAUGACCACCGAAAAGGAGUUGGUUGAGCUGACAAGCUUCGUGAAGGCUCAUGCCCAGCAACUCGACAAAGCCACUCAGGGCGUAAAGCAAGCCAUCGAGACCGUAGAGAUCAACACUCAGUGGCAACACAAGAACUACAAGAGCAUCUCUCGUGUCCUCAAGGAGUUCACAGAAAUUCAUAAGGAGUGAAAGCCACGUAAAAAUUAGCGAAAGCGAUUUGUGUGAAUCGUAAAUAAAAGAGAAAUAUAUAAAAUUUUGAGAA